AUGUUUCGAACGUUGCUUAUCCGACCUACCUUUCUGUUUUCUCAACCAUUUAGAACAUUCCAUGUAAGCGCAGUUUCAACAAAGGAUUGGAAGAUUGGGAAACUCAACCAUGUUGCCAUUGCUGUUGCUGAUCUUGACAAAUCCAUGGCAUUGUACAAAAAUGCAUUUGGUGCCAAAGUCAGUAAAAAAUUGGAUCUACCUGAGCACGGAGUAACAACUGCUUUUAUUGAAUUAGGAGACACAAAAAUAGAGCUUCUUCAUCCACUUGGCAAGAAAAGUCCCAUCAAGAAUUUUUUAGACAAGAAUAAAAAUGGUGGAAUACAUCAUAUUUGUAUUGAGGUUGAUGAUAUUGAGAAAGCAAUGCAGGAUCUUCGUUCCAAGAAAAUUCGUCUUCUGACAUCUUUCACCGCACCUGCUAUCCUCUUCCGCCUCACCUGCUAUCUUCUUCCGCCUCACCUGCUAUCCUCUUCCGCCUCACCUGCUAUCCUCUUCCGCCUCACCUGCUAUCUUCUUCCGCCUCACCUGUUAUCCUCUUCCGUCUCACCUGUUAUCUUCUUCCGCCUCACCUGCUAUCCUCUUCCGCCUCACCUGUUAUCCUAUUCCGUCUCACCUGCUAUCUUCUUCCGCCUCACCUGUUAUCCUCUUCCGUCUCACCUGUUAUCUUCUUCCGCCUCACCUGCUAUCCUCUUCCGCCUCACCUGCUAUCUUCUUCCGCCUCACCUGUUAUCCUCUUCCGUCUCACCUGUUAUCUUCUUCCGCCUCACCUGCUAUCAUCUUCCGCCUCACCUGCUAUCUCCUUCACCUCACCUGUUAUCCUCUUCCGCCUCACCUGCUAUCCUCUUCCGCCUCGCCUAUGAGACGCACCGUACCGUUUGGGAACCACUGGCUUAA